UAAAAGAAAAAUGGCGUUUGCUUCUUCUUCUUCUUCGAGCAAGCAGCAAAUUGUUCUAUGUGGUCCGAAUCAUGUCAAAGUAUAUAAAAACACCACCACCGCCGAAAACAGUACAGAAGCAGCUACUAGCGAUGAGCAGAUGGAAGUUGAUAGACCUGAUUUUAUGUUAAAAGAAGAAGAACGACCACCGUAUGUUAUUGUUGUCCAUGGACCUCCCAAGGUUGGGAAGGAGAAGCACCUGUUCAUUAGGUCACUAGUAGAUCAUUAUACCGAGGAUCGUGAUUUACCGGACUUGCGAGGGCCCAUUACCAUCAUAACAGGGAAGAGAAGGCGAAUACAGUUUGUGGAGUGUCCCAAUAAUGUUAAUGGUAUGCGUGAUGCUGCAAAGUAUGCUGACGCUGUAAUAUUCCUCAUAAAUGCAUAUGUUGGGUUUGAAAUGGAGACAUUUGAGUUUGUUAACGUCUUACGAGUUCAUGGCAUGCCCAAGGUUAUGGGGGUGCUGACAUCUAUUGAUAAAUGCGACCUAUUUGAAACCGAAGAACACCUCAUGAAUCAUUUCAGCAUUGAAAUAUGUGAAGGAGCAACAGUAUUCUGUUAUCUGGGCUCGAUCAUGGGAUGUAAGUAUCCGGAGCAUGAAAUCCGCCAGCUGGCAAGCUUCAUAUCGGCUAUGGAUUUCCAUCCUUUGUCAUGGCAAGCUGCACAACCAUAUGUGUUAGCAGAACACUUUGAAGAUGUAACUCGAGUGCACACGGAUAACAGAUGCAAUAGAGACAUUGUUUUGCAUGGUUAUCUCCGAGGUUGUGAUAUCAAGAAAGGAGCUAAGGUAUUUGUGUUAGGGAUGCUAAUUGAUGCCUUUUGGAACUAG